AUGGCAUUCUUCACAUUCACCAAUGUCGCGGUCUGCCUUCUCAGUCUCUACGUUACACACCGUGUAUAUUGGGAAGUAACGAUUGGAUCACGCUUGCGUGCCUUCGCCAAGCAACAUGAUUGUCUGCCAGCAAAGAGGCUUCAGAUCCCAUUCACACUAGGCGCACUAUGCUGGGGCGGUCAAGUGAAGGCAAUCAAAGAACACCGGUUGCUGCCACACAUGGCGAAUCAAUUCAAGGAGGUGGCUGGGCACACCAGACACCAUAACAUCUUUGGAACAGAGUUCUUCAACACCGACGAUCCGGAGAACAUCAAAGCAGUGCUUGCGACAAAUUUCAGCGCAUGGAGUUUGGGUCAGGAGCGCAUCACUGAGAUGUCGUCGUACCUUGGAUACGGUAUCUUUGUCAACGAGGGUGCAGCAUGGAAGCACUCGCGCGAAAUGCUCAGACCGUGUUUCGAGCGCUCGCAGGUUGCUGACGUCGAUAUGCUGGAGCGGCAUACACAAAGACUGAUCGAUAUGUUACCGAAAGAUGGAACGACCGUGGAUCUCCAGCCACUACUUCACGACCUCUCGAUGGAUGUAGCGACUGAGUUGCUCUUCGGCAAAAGUACAAAUGCCCUGAGUCGGGAUGGUAAUAAUCACGAAGUCAGAGCCUUUUGCGAUGCGUUCGACUAUGCUUCCAAUCCAUUCGAACGAGAAAGCUUCAAGAAAUGGGGCGCGAUUGCACUGUUUCUGCCCGACAGGAAGAAGAAACAGCACGUGAAAGUGAUGCAAGACUUUGUUGACCGUAUUAUCGAGGAACAUCUCAAAGAAUCAAAAGACUCACUAGAGGACGAAACACGCUACACAUUCCUCAAUGCGCUCUUUGCUUCAACACAAGACCGUAUUAAAAUCCGCAGCGAACUUCUCAACAUUCUCCUAGCUGGCCGAGAUACGGUCGCCUCACUCCUCUCUAACAUCCUCUGGGAACUACCACGGCACCCUUCGGUACUCUCAAAACUCCAUUCCGAGAUUGACGAAUUUAUUGGCGAUGCACAACCAACAUACGGGCAGUUGAAAGAUAUGAAGUACCUCCGCGCCAUUAUCAACGAGAGUCAGCGUCUAUAUCCCAUCGUUCCUGUGAAUAGCCGCGAAGCCCUCAUUGACACUGUUUUACCAAGUGGUGGUGGAGCCGAUGAGAGCAGGCCAGUCAUGGUGCCGAAGGGCGCUUACGUGGCGUGGCAUAUGUAUAGCAUGCAGAGAAGAGAGGAUUUGUUCGGAAUAGAUGCCGGUUCAUUCAGGCCUGAGAGAUGGCUUGAGCCAGGAUUCAGGCCUGGGUGGGCGUAUGUACCUUUCUCGGGUGGACCGAGAGUGUGCAUUGGACAGAACUUCGCGUUGACGGAGACAAUGUACGUGGUCGUUAGACUGAUUCAGGGCUUUAAUGUCGAACAGAGGGACUUUGAGGAAUGGAUGGAGAAGUUCAGUAUCACGUGUACUGGUCUCGGAGGUUGCAAGAUCGGUCUGACACCUAGAGAGGAGUAG